AUGGAUGAAGUAAUACCUUUGUUUCGAGAAUUUCAUAUUGCACAGAUUAAGGAUUACCAGCUGGAGUUACACAACGAUUUGAUUAAAACCAAUGAAGCUUUCCAAAAGAAUUUACUGAACAAUUAUAAGAGAAUUUUAAGUUUGACAGAUUCUGUUAAUGAUUUGUCUCUUAAUUUGAAAUCUGUUGACCAAGAUUUCAAAUCCUUGUGUUUCGAUGAUGAAAAGUUUCAAUUAAAUAAGUUACCUACAUUAUUACAUCAAAGCACCACACAUAUAUCACCAACUUGCAGUGGAGUGAGUGUCUCCUUACCAUCGCAAAAUAUAUUAGUGAUCUCCAAUUGGACCAUCUCAAUCGACAAUUUCUGCAAUCGCAUCGCCACUUCUACUACUCCGUCACGUAUAUUUGAUGAGAUGUUGUUGCGUUUCCACGAAUUAUCCCUUAUAUCAGUGCCUCAUAACUUUGAAACCCUCAUAAAAAAGAGAUGCUUUCAAUUACAGAAGUUCCUGGUGGAAUCCAUGACUACGUUGAACUUAACUCUACUGCAGUGGGUAAAACUGUAUAAUUUGCUAAAUGCUGAGUCUAGCUUGAGGUGGGAUGGUGAUUUACUCUCCGAAUUCAACGAGUCCUUAUUCGAAACUUUAUUCAAUGAGAAUGUUCAAGCUUUACUAGGGUCUAAUAUCAAUAACAAGAAACACCAAUAUUACCCCAAUGAACAAGACAGCGAUACAAUUAUUUUAGAUUUUGUGAGUUCAUCCACCUUUAAGGAUCAUCUCAUUCGUAGGACUGUGAAGGAAAUAAACACGCAUUUGGAUACGCUUACUAUCUUAAUUACUAAGCUCAAAAAGCCGGAUACUCUUCACCAACUAGAUGUCUUCUUUGAUAAUGAUGAGAACGUCGACCACAAUACUGUUUCUCCGCUUGAUGAGGAUACAUUGAAAAAAUACAUUGAUACAGCCCUAUACUGUUCGAAGGGUUUGAGUAACGAUACCACGUUACAAAUAUAUCAGACAGUACAACCUACAAUUGAAAUUUUACAGAACUUAGAGAUGUAUGGAUGUCCCCAGGAAUUACUGACAGAUUUGAAAGAGAAAUUAGUUACGCAACUGCAAGAUUUUAAAACUGAAAUUGAAACCUGUUUGUCUCCAUCGUUGGAGAACUCAAUGAACAUUGUGGAAAACUUUAUGGCUUCGUACAACAACCACAAUCUUUUGCAAUUAGUCAUCGAUCAAAUUACUCAAUUGAGACAAUAA